AUGACUCUCGAAGCCCUUCUCGAUCGCCAGAAUGAACUUUUCGGCCUCAUCGCUCGCGCUUGCGAGAACCUACAAAAGCUCGGUCCUUCGAGGACCACCCGUGGUGCGGUGCAAAGUCGCUUAACAAUUUUAAAGGCAAAUUGGGAAAAAUUCCAGGCUCAACACGAAAAUCUAUACAAGCUGAAAUCGUCAGAAUUAAAGAAGCUGGACUACGUUGUCGAUAGGAUCUACGAGCAAUGCGAAGAGAAAUUUGCCGAAGCGCAAGGCACUAUGCUCACUAUCCUCGACAGUUUUGAACCACCUCAACAGAACACGUCAGCCGAAACUUUUAUGAACUCAUCGUCCGCAUCUCAUUCUCGACGUUUGCCUCGCAUCGAUUUGCCGAAAUUCAACGGCGAAUAUUCGCAGUGGAGUCAUUUCAGAGAUCUCUUUGCCUCUAUGAUCAACGCGAAUACCGAUCUCUCUGCUGUCGAAAAGCUUCAUUAUUUAAAGAUGAGCCUAUCGAAUGAACCGGCUACUCUCUUGAAAGGCGUUGAGAUAUCAAGUGAAGGAUUCAAUCGCGCAUGGGAUACUCUCAUUGACCGUUACGACAACAAGCGUAUCCUGAUAGAGGCUCAGCUCUCCGCUCUGUUUUCGAUUCGCAAGGCGAAAUCCGAAUGUGCAUCGGAAGUGAAACGCCUUCUCUGCGAAUUGAAGGAAGCAAUCGGAGCCCUCGCUACAUUGGGCUGCCCAGUUCAUCACUGGGACAUCAUUCUCACCUUUAUGACAGUGCGCAAACUAGAUGUCGAAUCUGUUAAGGAGUGGGAAAAAUCACUCGGAGCCACAUCGCAACCACCAUCGUUCGCCGACUUCGAGAAAUUUCUUCUCGGUCGUAUUCUCACUCUCGAAGCCUUUGAACGAACAACGAAUUCUCGGAAACAAAACGCAAGUGCACCUCGAUCUCCAGCUCACGCUCGGGCAUAUACCGCUACUGUGACUGAUCAAAAGUGUGCGUUGUGUUCAUCGGGACAUUACAUUGCCUCGUGUCCAAAGUAUCUCGAAAAGACACCCAUGCAGCGAAAGGAAGUAAUAAUUUCGAAAAAUCUCUGCUUUAAUUGUCUCGGGCCUCAUCAGAUAAAAUCAUGCCGCUCAACAAAACGCUGUCGUCUCUGCCACAAGCAACAUCACUCCACGUUACAUUAUCAAGCCGGUAACGCAGCGAUCGAUGCAUCAGCUGCACACUCAGACUCGUCGACGCCUGUCGUCAAGACAAUCACAUCGUCUCCGCCGGCAAUUCAUACUGCAGGUAUUCCGCCACACGAAUCUGUUGCUCCUCUACGGAAUACCGAGCAAAUCUCAAACUCCGUGACAUCAAGUCACGUCGCUCAAUCGCGGAUAAUCCGUCGCACUCCGGUUCUAUUAGCCACAGCUCUCGUAAACGUAGUGUCAUCAACCGGAGAUAUCUAUCAAGUGCGCGCUCUUAUCAAUCAAGGAUCGGAAGUCUCGUUUGUCUCGGAAUCGGUCGCCCAAUUAUUAAAACUCUCGCGUCAAGCGGCGGCUAUUCCGAUUCUCGGCAUCGGAGCUCAUCGCUCAAGCAUAUCAAACGGACUCGUCUGUCUCAAAGUGAUAUCUCAAGUGCAUAAAGACAGUUCUCUCGAAGUCGAUGCUCUCGUACUGCCGAAAUUAACGUCCUAUCUGCCUCCCGCGCGUGUCGAAUAUAUUCAGUGGCCGCACAUACAAGGUCUCGAGCUCGCGGAUCCAAACUUCGCCACGCCCGACAAAAUCGAUCUCAUACUAAGUGUAACGGUGCACGCUCAAAUACUCAAAGACGGUAUUCGUCGAGGAAAUAUCGGCGAACCCAUCGCUCAAGAAACGACUCUCGGAUGGGUGCUAUCAGGGCCCCUCUCAAAUGAUAAUUCGAAGACCAACGCCAUGGAAAACAACUCAGUCAUCGGUAUUCAGUGCUCUCUCGACUCUGAGCUCCUGGAGCUCCUUCAACGCUUCUGGACACAAGAGGAAAUCGCGCCUGCCUCUCAAAUCUCAAUGUCUCCAGAAGAAUCUCAGUGCGAAGAACAUUUCAAAAUGACUCAUUCUCGCGACGUCAACGGACGAUUUGUUGUACGCUUGCCUCUCAAGAAGAGUGUUAGUGAAUUUGGUGACUCUCGCUCUAUCGCACUCAAGGCGUUGUAUCGCAUGGAAAACCGAUUCGAAUCGAAUCCAUCGCUCAAAAUCCAGUAUAUCGACUUUUUACGUGAGUAUCGUUCUCUCGAUCACAUGCGUCCCGUCGCAUCAAACCGCGCUCAAUCUUGCGAGUUUUUUCUACCGCAUCACGGUGUUACGCGUGAAACUAGCACGACAACAAAACUGCGCGUCGUGUUUAACGGAUCGCAAAAAACAAAUCUCGGCUUGUCGUUAAAUGAGUGUCUCCUUGUUGGGCCGAAACUACAAACGGAUCUCGCGGACAUCCUCAUCCGUUGGCGACGGCAUCGAUACGUGUUCGCGGCCGAUAUCGAGAAAAUGUAUCGGCAGAUUCGCGUGCACGAGGAUGAUUGGCCGUUACAGAAAAUUCUUUGGCGGGACUCUCUCGACGAAAGGCCUCAAGAAUAUGCAUUGUGUACCGUAACGUACGGCCUCGCGUGUGCUCCAUAUCUCGCGCUACGCUGUUUACGGCAACUCGCUCUCGAUUACGAUUCGACUCGCCCUCACGCUUCCGAAACUCUUCGUCGCGACACAUACGUCGAUGAUAUUCUCUCCGGCGACGAAAGCAUCUCUCAGGCGAAAGAAAAAAUCUCGCAACUAAGAACCACUCUCACGGCGGGCGGCUUUACGCUCCGAAAAUGGAUCGCUAACGACUCAAAUCUGCUCGACGAUAUCCCUGCCUGCGAUCGCGAAACAUCUCCUACGCUCUCGGUCAACGACAGUGCGAUACAUCAUACUCUCGGUGUGCGUUGGGAACGCCAAUCAGACAGUUUCGUGUUUUCUCCGCCGUCGCUCACGAUCUCGAAAAAUCGCGUUACAAAACGCUCAGUGCUAUCGCUUAUCGCACGCAUGUUUGAUCCACUCGGAUGGAUUACGCCUAUCACAGUUACCGCAAAGCUGUUCAUGCAAGAACUGUGGGCCAUACGUCUCGACUGGGACGACGAACUCCCGGAAGAUUUAAAGUCACGAUGGACAAGCUACGUCGCUCAACUCACAUGCAUCUCUCGUCUCGCUAUCUCGCGUUGGUUUGGAACAAGUGCUUCGAAUCUCGCCGUGGAAGUGCACGGUUUCGCGGACGCAUCUCAAAGUGCACUCGCCGCGGUCGUUUAUCUCCGCGUUCUCAGUGACAUCGACGACGCUCAAAUAAAACUCAUUUGCUCAAAGACUAAAGUUGCCCCUCUCAAACGAAUGACUAUACCGCGUCUCGAACUCUCAGCCGCAGUGCUGCUCGUGCGUCAAGUUCUCAAAAUUCGCGAAGUGCUUGAACUACAAACCGCGCCAACCCAUCUCUGGACCGAUUCGACGGUCGCUCUUACGUGGAUCAAAAGUCAUCCAUCCCGGUGGAAAGACUUCGUACGGAAUCGUGUCUCCUUUAUUCAAGAGCUCUCAAACUCUAGAUGGCAUCACGUCUCCGGGAAGGAGAAUCCCGCUGAUCUAGCAUCACGAGGCGUGACUCCUCAACGUCUUCAACAAAACGAACUCUGGUGGAUCGGUCCUCAUUGGUUACAUACGCAUUCGACAUCUUGGCCGUCUUCAAUUCCGAUUCUCGAGUCUACGGACAACCUCGAAGAACGGCCUCCGCAGUGUACAACUGCAUUGGAAAAUCAUGAACAUAAACUUUCGAUGCUCGAUCGAUACUCAUCGCUGACGACCCUCAUCAGAACUACCGCCUGGGUCAAGCGUGCUCUUCAACUCUUUCGGAAAUCUGUCGCAUCACGCUCAUCUCACGAGCCUCUCACCGUCGAAGAGUUAGAAUCAGCGCUAAUGCUGUGGGUUAAACUCACGCAGCAAAUUUACUUCUCAUCCGAAAUCAAAACCUUGAAGAGCCAACGAUCACUCUCAACCUCGAGCUCUCUCUAUCGUCUAACGCCAUUCCUCGACAGCGAAGGACUUUUGCGUUUACGCGGACGUUUAUUCCGGUCACAACUAGAUCCAGAAGAAAAACAUCCUCUGAUCUUACCUCGAAAAUGUCGCUUAUCCAUUCUCGUGAUGGAUUAUCAUCAUCGAAAGACUCUCCACGGCGGACCGCAGUUAACGUUAUCAUCGAUUCGUCAAAGGUUUUGGAUUAUCGGCGGUCGCGUUCCUAUCAGAGCAUUCAUCCACAAGUGCGUGAUUUGUGCUCGUCAUCGUGCUACUACUGGUCAACAAGCUGUAGGACAGCUUCCAGCAUCACGAGUCGUUCCGCGCCGACCGUUCUUCAACUCUGGAGUCGAUUAUGCCGGGCCACUGACUCUCAAAACUUUUCGCGGACGAGGCUGCAGAACGUACAAGGGAUAUUUCAUCAUUUUCGUUUGUUUCAGUACGUCUGCGAUACAUCUGGAAGUCGCGACUGACUAUUCUACGGACGGCUUUCUGGCGGCGUUCAGGCGAUUUACCGGACGGCGAGGCAUAUGCUCUACUCUGACUAGUGAUUGUGGCACGAAUUUGAUCGGUGCCGACGCAGAACUCAAACGGAUGUUCACGGCAUCUUCUCGCAAGUGGGCUCACAUCGCUAACAUUCUCGCAAAUGACGGAGUGAAGUGGAGUUUUAAUCCACCCUCCGCCCCCCAUUUUGGAGGAAAAUGGGAAGCUGGGGUGAAAUCCGUCAAAUUUCACUUGCGGCGAGUUCUCGGCGACGCUCGCCUUACCUAUGAAGAACUGACAACGCUCUUAGUGCAAAUCGAGGCGAUUCUGAACUCUCGCCCGCUCACUGCACUCUCAGAUGAUCCGUCGGACCCUACCGCUCUCACGCCUGGGCACUUUCUCGUCGGGUCCACUCUCGCUACCGUGCCGGAACCUUCGCUUCAAGAGGUACCUCAAAACCGGUUGUAA